AUGGUCAAGCCACUCACAUUCAAAGGCGACAAGCCCAAGAAGCGCAAGCAACGGGAUUCGGACAGCGACAAGAUCCCAAAGACACGCAAGGUGGAAUUAUCGCAGGCGGCAGAGAAUGACGACAACCCUCCCGAGGACCAAAGCUGGGUCUCCGCGGACGCGCCCAGCGACAUUUCAGGCCCAGUGGUCCUUGUUCUCCCCUCAGAUGAGCCGACGUGUAUAGCGUGCGACAUGACCGGCAAGGUGUUUGCCAGCGUCCUGGAGAACCUGAUCGAGGGGGAUCCGUCGACGUCAGAACCGCACGAUGUCCGACAGGUCUGGAUUGCUACGAGAGUGGCGGGGACGGAAUCGUUCACAUUCAAGGGACAUCAUGGAAAAUACCUCUCGUGUGAUAGCCAUGGUCUUUUCAGCGCCGACACCGCCGCAGUGUCCCAUUACGAAACUUUCCUUGCGAUCCCGUCGCCCGAUAUCCCUGGCACAUUUUCGCUGCAAGUGCGAGGUGGGGACUCCGAAUCAUUCCUCUGCAUCAAAGAAAGCGCAAAAGCUACAGGCGGCGUGGAAAUCCGGGGUGACGCCUCGACGAUCUCCUUUGAAACAACGUUGCGAAUCCGCAUGCAGGCGCGGUUCAAGCCCCGCCUCCGUGUCGCAAAGGAGAACAAGGCAUACGAGAAGAUCAGCCGGAAAGAACUGGAGGAGCUUGUGGGGAGAAAACUGGAUGAUGAUGAAGUGCGGAGAUUGCGCAAGGGUCGUCGGGAAGGCAAUUUCCACGAGGUCAUGCUGGACGUCAAGGUCAAAGGAAAGCAUGACAAGUUUGCCUGA